UUUGAGCAGUUUGGUCCUGUCAAGGACAUCUACCUUCCAAGGGAUUAUUAUACCGGUGUAUCUAGAGAAUUGAAGAGACAAAUGAAGUAAUUAGAGUUCUUUGGUAGUGAAGAGAUUUGAAGGAAGUUGAGUUUGAGUUCAAUUUCAAGAUGUAUCAAGUCUUGGGGAAAGUCAUCUUUAUACUGAAAUUUUCAAGUUCAAGUUAUGGAGAGAUCCAAGGGGGUUUGGUUUCAUCCAAUAUGUGGAUCCUGCUGAUGCUGCUGAAGCAAAACAUCACAUGGAAGGCUAUCUUCUUCUUGGUCGUGAGCUGACUGUUGUAUUUGCAGAAGAGAACAGGAAGAAGCCAACUGAAAUGAGAACAAGGGAUCGAGGUGGAAGGAGCAACAGAUUCAAUGAUAGAAGACGUUCUCCUCCUCGUUACUCUCGUUCUCCUCCCCCUAGACGUGGUGGUAGAACUCGAUCACGUAGCCGUGAGUAUAAUUCUCCUCCUCCUAAAAGACAUCAAUCUAGGUCUGUCUCACCACAGGAGAGACGGCACGAGAAGGAGAGGUCAUACUCUCGUUCACCACCACGUAAUGGCUCAAGGGCUCGCAGUGGAAGUCAUGGGAAGGUGAAGAGCUUCAGCAGGAGCAGGAGCCCAAGAAGAAGCGUGAGUCCCAAAAGAAACAGGAGCUACACUCCUGAACAGGCGAGGAGCCCUGUCGCUAGGCAGAGCAGGAGCCCAAGCCCUCGUGGAGAAAGAAAUGGAGACCGUUCUCCAAGCCAGUGAUUCUCUCUGCCCAUCAGUUUCUGCAAAUCUUGUUUGUUAGCUCUGCUUUAUUUCUUUGUUUAGACAAGUUUUUACGACAGUUCGGUAUUUGAUGCUUUGCUUUAUGUUGGAUCCAUGGAUGAUGUGUUAAGACAUGACAAUGAAGUUGCAUGUACGUUUUGUCAUCUUGUCUCUUUAGAUAAAACUUUUUCUGUCUGAACUUAACCGAUGGAUUCAUUCAAGAGAUAAAAAUGAGAUCGCU